CUCAUUGUUCUUGUGUUCCCAAUAUCCUUAUUUCUAGAACUACAUGUCCUCUCUAGUGUUAAAACGGAGCUCAGCAACAACAAAUACCCUUCAACAUUUUCACCACUUUCGGUGUCCCACCAGUACACAAUGACGCUCGGAGAAGAAGACAAAAUUAGUCACGCAUUGAUUUCUUCUCAAAGAGGUAUCUGCUACACGGAAGACGAGGCACCCGAAAUUGAAACAACCACCAAAACCACCAGAUUCUACAUCUCUAUUGCCGCUAUCGUUGUCGCUUUAUUUCUUGUUACCCUCGAUCUUGUCAUACUACCUGCAUCCCUCCCUGCCAUUGCCCAAGACCUCAAAGCAACAAGUAGCCAAGCAUACUGGUGCGGGACUGGAUAUAUCAUCGCGCAAGCAGCGUCACAGCCCAUCUUCGGCACCAUCUCUGUAAUAAGUGGCCGGAAGCUAAUGCUCCAGAUAUCUCUACUAAUAUUCAUGGUUGCGAGCAUUAUGUGUGCGAGGGCACAGAGCAUAGAGUGGCUUAUUGGCACAAGGGUUAUGCAAGGCCUCGGUGGUGGAGGCAUAACGACACUGACAAUUAUGGUCGUCACUGAUCUGACAAGUUUGCAAGAACGAUCAAAAUGGAUGUCUAUUCUGUCCCUAUCAUAUGCAUUUGGGAACGUUGGGCUUGUGCUGGGGGCGGCCAUUACGGAGUUCACGACAUGGAGGUGGGUAUACUACAUCAACAUCCCAGUCUGUGUGAUCCUUCUUGCGGUGCUGCAGUUAUCGUUGCAUCUCCAACCCAAAAUUGAAAACCAUCAUAAUGGGCUAUUAAAAUUCGAUUGGGCUGGCAUCGCUAUUUUGGGUGGCUCAGCUUCAACCCUUCUAUUAGGUCUGUUGAGUGGAGGAGUAUCACAUCCGUGGUCUUCUGCCGCCAUCAUCGCUCCCCUAGUUAUUGGCGUGAUUGGCCUGGUAUGCUUUGCCAUCGUGGAAUAUUUCGCGCCAAUGCCAAUGUUCCCACGUGAACUGCUCAAAAGUCGAACUUUUAAUGCGACUUCCUUGAUAUCCUUCGUUGGUGGCUACGCAGUGACCUCUUUGGCCUUUUUCCUCAUCGUUUACUUUCAUGGCGCAGCUGGAUAUGGCGUAAUCCACUCUGCUGUUGCAGUGCUCCCAACGAUCAUCCUUGUCCCAGCGGGUGGCAUCAUCGGCGGCGUCAUAAUAACAAAAUCAGGAGAUUAUCGAGGCCCAUUAUAUUUUGGAUGUGCUGCAGUGACUGCAGGAAUGAGUUCAUUGACUGUAUUAAGUCCUCUAUCUUCUGUGGGCCUCCAAACGGGCCUCCAGAUUCCUAUUGGCAUUGGGCUCGGUUUUAUUUAUAUCGCGUCCAAUAUUGCGCCACAAGCAACUCUACCAAGCCAUCUACAUGCUGUGAGCGUGAAUCAAAUCACAUUCACACGAGUGAUGGGCCAGGCAUUUGGCAUUGCCAUCGGUGGAGCCAUCUUCCAGAAUCAAUUCGAUAACUACGUUAACAACCACGUACGAGACGGGUCCCUGUCAGACGGGUUUAGAGUCCGAGGCAAAGAUGCGGAGCUGGCUUUUACACGCAUAGACCAGUUUCCGCAGCAAGUUUCUGACGUAUAUAGUGCUAUCUAUUGCGAUUCCCUACGAGCUGUUUGGUUUACAGGAAUGGCGCUAUCUGCCGUUGCACUUCUGUGCUGUUUCUCAACCCAGAAAGCCUCGCUCGGGAGGGACCUGACGGCUAAUCGGAGAUUGCCUUCGAGUAAAUAGCUGCUGAAAGCCUUCGACGUAUAUUUGCCCUGUCUUAUGC